AUGAGCAAUUGGUGUAAGAGGGAAAGUUGUUCAGAAUGCAAAGAUUUUGAAGGAUUCUGGUGCCAAACCUGUGACACGAAAAUUUUUCGUGAAGAUUGGACUAGCGGAAAUGCAAAACUCGAUAAGUUAAUAAAGAAAAGUCUAUUAUUUUCUACUCAAUGGGACUCAAACUUUAUGGAAUGGAUUCCUUAUGAGCAAUUUAAAGGAAUGGAUUUAAUUGGACGAGGUGGAUUUGGUGCAGUAUUUAAAGCGGAAUGGACAACGGGAAGACGUGUUAUUGACUGUAAUGGAAAAUAUAGCCGAGAAAAAUGUGCUGUUGCAAUUAAGCAAGCAAAUGGUUCAAUGGAUAUGGAUGAAUUUUUAUCGUAUCCUGAAACAAAAGCCUAUUUGCUCGUUUUGCCUUUUGCAGAAAAUGGCGACUUGCGAAGUUAUUUGUUGAAAACCCCUGAAAUGAAAUGGCGAAACAAAUUGGUCUUAAUUUCUAGAGCUUUAGAAACUUUAUGUUUGCUUCAUGAUGGCGGAUACGUGCACAGGGAUAUGCAUAGUGGUAAUAUACUAUGUAAAAAUGGUGUAAAAGCCGAAAUUGCGGAUUUUGGUCUUUCCUUAUCACUCAAGGGUCAUACAAAAGAAUCAGGUGUAUAUGGCGUAUUACCUUACGUGGCUCCAGAGGUUUUACGUGGUAGUCCAUACUCUCAAGCAAGCGAACAAAUAAAAAACUUUUGGACAAAUGUAAAUUUCUUGGCAAAAUUCGACAAAGCCGAUGAGAUUGCUAAAAAAGAACGCGCUAAUCGUAAAUCAGAUUCUUUUGAUCCGAGUGAAACGCGUACAAGUACUUUACUUAGAUUUGAAAAUCUCCCAGAACCAACAAAUUGUACACAAGUUAUUUCUAUGGAAUUAGAAUUAUCGUCAGGAUUGGAUGAUGAAGAAUUUGAUUUUGAAUAA